UGCACACAAACAGACAGAGACAUAAGGCCAGAUCACCUGGAAGCUUUGUGUGUUUUGCGUACCUGCUUGUCUUCAACCCGCUCGACACACACAUCGACCACCCCCCUUAUUCAGCAGCAUCACCACUAGCACCACUAGCACAUGCAUGUGUGUAUAGAGUUGGUUGCAGCUGUCGAAAUCACACCGUACACAUCAGAAAUCACAUUCCAUCCAUCAUACUUAUCCCCUCAUGCCUAUCUAUUCCCCUCUCCCUCUCCCGGCUCGCCCGCUCUAGCUGCAUGUGUCUGUGUGUGUGCGUAGUUCAGUAGCGGGCCUUCUUCUUGCACUGGGCGUAGAAGUCGCGCGCCGCCUGGGAGGCACACUGCGGGACGAGGGGGCCCAGCUGCUGCUUCUUAAUGAACCCGUCCAGCUCCUCUCGGAGGCAGGCGUCGUCCUCGGCCUUGCGCUUCUUCGCGGCCUUGCGCCUUUCCUUGCGGCGCUCUGUCUCCUCCUUGCGGGCCUUCUCGGCGGCACGUUCGGCGGCGGCCUGCGCUCGGGCGGCCCUGAGCUCCUCCAGCUCCUUCCUCCCGCCCUUGUCGUAUGCCUUCUCCUCUUCCUCGUCCAGGGCCUCGCCGUCGGAGUCCGUGGGGUAGAUGAUGAGUUCGUCAUCGUCGCUCUGAGCAGAUAGGCACAUACAGGCAGCAGACAGAAAAGGCAUUUGUUUGUCCAUCCAUCCAUCCAUCCAGAUCUGUCUGUGUCAGAUCUGUCUGUGUCAGAUCUAUGUAUCUAUCCAGCACACUCACCUCCGACGCGUUGGCCUUCCCACGUGUGGCCUUCGCCGCCGCCUACAGAGCCAACAAACACACACGUGGGCGCAGGCACGGAGAGAUCUGCGCAGGCGGUAUUGUCGGCCGACCUUCUUCUUGGCGUUAGGGUUCACGCCGCGCCGCGCCCGCCCUUCGAAUGGCUGUCCAACCCGGGCAUGAUGCUGACAACAGCUCCUUGGUGAUGAGUGCUGCCUUGCUCAGCUCUUCCAGCGCUUCACCUGAGAAGCGACACACACCAAACACACACACGCGCACACACGCUCUCCCCAUUCCCUCAUAUGCUCUCACCUGACAACAUGCCUCCUGACGACUGAUACUUCUGCACGACCACGUCCCGACUGAGGGAACGCACAAAUAAAGGCACACGUUGAAUGGACAGCUGCAGCGCAUUCAUCAAUCCAUUCCCCCUCUCCUGCCUCCAAUGUGCAACUCUUUGCAUACCCUGUCGUGCGGCUAUCUCCUCACUGCACUUGGCGAUCAUCUGAGGCUCGUUGAGGCAACGCAGCCCGGCAAUCUGGGCCUCCACGAGCCGGUCUUCGAGUUUGUUGCGCACAUUCACGAUGAACGGCACAUGGUUCAUGAGCUCAUUCAGGUAGUCAGGCUCACUCUCUGCAAACCCCUAA